AUGGCUUCUUCUUCGUCCUCUUACGGUUCUGUCCUCGUUUCUCUAGCACUUGUGCUACAAUUUUUUUUAGCCUCUGCCUCCACACAAUACAUCGACGCCAUUUGCCAACAUGUCCCUGACAAAGUCUUCUGCGUCCAAACUUUGAACGGAUUUCCUCCGGCUACUUCUGCCACCACCAUGUUUAAAGCGGCUCAAGCCGUGCUCCGCCUUGGCAUAUCCUAUGCCGCUAAAUCUGCGGCUGCCAGUGCAAAAGCGGCAACGGAGAAUCCAAACCUGAAGAAGCAAUUCGAGAGGUGUCAAGGUGAAUUUGCGACCAUUAUAGGCAAUCUCAAGAACGCCGCCUCUGAACUCAAGGAAGAUGCACAGGCUGCAAGCUAUGAUAUCAUGAUCUGUAUGGACAGCACCACCAUAGUGAGGAAUUUGGUCGGCCAAUAUAGCGACAAGGAUUCAAAGAAUGUGAUUAUCAUGACAUCGAUGAUGGAUAAGUUUCUUGAAAUCGACAAUGGAGCCGCCAUAGCUGUUGGUUGGUAA